GCAGAAAUUCGCACACUUUGUCGUUGAGCUUUUGAUGCUUCGAAUUUCUACAGAUUCAAAGUGGUAGAUAGAUUAAGCACUCACUAGUGAACUGAAGCAGCUUGAUGGGAUUAGAGUGUAGACAAUGUCAAUGAAUCUGUUUCUUGCAGGAACUUUGUAGAACAAAAGAAGUAAUUUUAAUGAAUGAGAUAUUGCCUCUUGAUUCAAGCCUUCCAUGGCUUUGGAUCAUUGAAUAUCUGGCAGGCUUCAAGCAAGUUGAUACUAAUAUUUUAAAUGAUUUGAUUGAAAGGGCUCCAGACUUACCGGGUGAUCCAGGGAAAAAUGCAAGGGAAAGGGUUGCUCUGAGAUGUUUAGAGGAGUUAUUUGGUCCUAUUGUUAGACUUGCAGGUGUUGUUACUCCUGCUUCAAGAGUUUGUUUUGAUCUUUCACAAAGCUGUGAAGAUGUACUUCAAUGCAUACUUCAGGAGUCAUCAGUGUCAGAUUUAAAGAAUCCCAGACCAGAGCUGUUGAAAUGCGAUCUUUACCCCUUUAUAAUGCAUAAAAGAGCUACCUUGCCUAAAUGUGCUUUAGAGGAGGUGAAUGGGGAGUUUCAUCUUUUCUUUUUUGUGAUUGUUAACGAUGAUGGGAUUGAUAAUCAUCCAUCGUAUAUCUUCUCUGUGUGUGUUUUUUUUCCCUUUUUUGGUUUACUUUUUAUUAAACAGCUGAAGGAUACAAUUCUCAGUGGUACCCACCCAUAUGCUGUUGCUUUAAAGGAAAUUAGUGGAUUGGUGAGUAAUAAUGAGCCUGAUGGAGUUGCUGUUUGUGAUUAUCAUCAUAAUGCACUUGCAUCGAGGCUAUGUGAGAGUAGCAGUAAUGCCCAAACAGUCCCAGCAAAAAGAAAUGUGGUCCCUCUAAUACUUGAAAAUGGUAACAGAAUAUUGCAGCAUGAUCUAUGCUUGAAAAAUUUAUUAUCCUCUAAAAGGGUCAGAAGUGAGUUAGCUGCUGAAGACCUGGCAGAUGUAAACAAUGGUAACAAAGAGAGUUUGUUUGGUCAUGAUGGUCUUCACUUAAAUGCAAAGAAGCUGAAGCAGGGCUGCCAGGGCAGUGCUUAUACUAAUCCUUCUGUCAGCCAGAUUUCAAAUCCCCUUUUGUUGGAAGAUGCUUGUGGAAGGUUUAGAGUUGCUGAAGUAGAUUGCUCUGCCUUGUGUAAAGAAUCUCAAGUGGGUGAGCAUUGUAAUGAUGAUCAUAUAGAGAAUAGUCUUGAUACCAGCAACAUUUGUGAAAUAGGAGAUGGAUCUGUUGAAUUUGUCACAGUGGAUGAAACCCACAAUAGUGAACUACUCUCUGGUGCCCCCUUGAUGAAAACUCAGAAACAAAAUUUCUGUUGAAGAAGCCUAUGGCAAAGGUGGUCAGAGUUCUAAUUCUAAACUGAGACCGCCUCAUAUUGUCUUCACUGCUGGAAUAGCACAAAUUAGUUGUAAUCCUUAUGGAGCCAGGGCUGAUUUUAUCAUACUUGUGAAGAUGAAAUGUUGAGUAAUUAUGACAAAUUUCGUGAAGAGGGAAUUGAUAUGGCCAUGAAGAAGAGUCAUUUCUUGAGUUCUCAGUGCACAUCCAGUCAAGAUACACUGGGUACAACUGGCUGGAGCAAAGAUGGUCAGAUGUUACUUUGCAGUACCAGCGGUUGCCCUCUGGUGGUUCAUGAGAGUUACUUGGGUUCUCAGGCCAGGUUUGAUGAUAAGGGCAACUUUCAUUGCCCUUUUUGUGUGUAUUCUCUUUCUAUUUCAGAGUAUCUUGAAGCUAAGAAGAAAAGACCGUUUGGCAA